AUGAAACAGGAGGGGGAGAAGGAGCUGGUGAAGUGUACCUCUGUAGGCCCCAUGUCCCCACUCCCCCUCAGCGCUGAGUCCCUUCUCUACCCCCCAGAGGCCCCAUGUCCCCUCAGCGCUGAGUCCCUUCUCUACCCUCCAGAGGCCCCAUGUCCCCUCAGCGCUGAGUACCUUCUCUACCCUCCAGAGAGGCCCCAUGUCCCCUCAGCGCUGAGUCCCUUCUCUACCCUCCAGAGGCCCCAUGUUCCCCUCAGCGCUGAGUCCCUUCUCUACCCCCAGAGGCCUCUUGUCCCCUCAGCGCUGAGUCCCUUCUCUACCCUCCAGAGAGGCCCCAUGUCCCCCUCAGCGCUGAGUCCCUUCUCUACCCUCCAGAGGCCCCAUGUCCCCACUCCCCUCAGUGCUGAGUCCCUUCUCUACCCCCAGAGGCCCCAUGUCCCCUCAGCGCUGAGUCCCUUCUCUACCCUCCAGAGGCCCCAUGUCCCCACUCCCCCUCACUCCAGCCCUCUACCUCGGCCCCAGCUCCAGUCCUCUACCUCGGCCCCAGCUCCAGUCCUCUACCUCGGCCCCAGCCCUCUACCUCGGCCCCAGCUCCAGCCCUCUACCUCGGCCCCAGCUCCAGCCCUCUACCUCGGCCCCAGCUCCAGUCCUCUACCUCGGCCCCAGUUCCAGUCCUCUACCUCGGCCCCAGUUCCAGUCCUCUACCUCGGCCCCAGCUCCAGCCCUCUACCUCAGCUCCAGUCCUCUACCUCGGCCCCAGUUCCAGCCCUCUACCUCGGCCCCAGCUCCAGCCCUCUACCUCGGCCCCAGCUCCAGCCCUCUACCUCGGCCCCAGUUCCAGUCCUCUACCUUGGCCCCAGCUCCAGCAGUCUACCUCAGCUCCAGUCCUCUACCUUGGCCCCAGUUCCAGUCCUCUACCUCAGCUCCAGUCCCCUACCUUGGCCCCAGUUCCAGUCCUCUACCUCAGCUCCAGCCCUCUACCUCAGCUCCAGCUCCAGUCCUCUACCUCGGCCCCAGUUCCAGUCCUCUACCUCGGCCCCAGUUCCAGUCCUCUACCUCGGCCCCAGCUCCAGCCCUCUACCUCAGCUCCAGCUCCAGUCCUCUACCUCGGCCCCAGUUCCAGCCCUCUACCUCAGCUCCAGCUCCAGCCCUCUACCUCGGCCCCAGCUCCAGCCCUCUACCUCGGCCCCAGCUCCAGCACUCUACCUCGGCCCCAGCUCCAGCCCUCUACCUUGGCCCCAGUUCCAGUCCUCUACCUCGGCCCCAGUUCCAGUCCUCUACCUUGGCCCCAGUUCCAGUCCUCUUCCUCAUAACCUAAAACCCAAGGCCAAAUCUACAUUGGAAUUGCUUAACAAGAAGACCCUGGGUCUCGACCCUCCCUGUGCAACUGGGUACUGGACAUUCUCACGGAACGCCCCCAGGUGCCGUACCUCAGACCUCUACAGCAGUACCUCAGACCUCUACAGCCGUACCUCAGACCUCUCAGACCUCUACAGCCGUACCUCAGACCUCUACAGCCGUACCUCAGACCUCUACAGCCGUACCUCAUACCUCUACAGCAGUACCUCAGACCUCUACAGCAGUACCUCAGACCUCUACAGCAGUACCUCAGACCUCUACAGCCAUACCUCAGACCUCUCAGACCUCUACAGCCGUACCUCAGACCUCUACAGCAGUACCUCAGACCUCUACAGCAGUACCUCAGACCUCUACAGCAGUACCUCAGACCUCUCAGACCUCUACAGCCGUACCUCAGACCUCUACAGCCGUACCUCAGACCUCUACAGCCAUACCUCAGACCUCUCAGACCUCUACAGCCGUACCUCAGACCUCUACAGCCAUACCUCAGACCUCUCAGACCUCUACAGCCGUACCUCAGACCUCUACAGCCGUACCUCAGACCUCUACAGCCGUACCUCAGACCUCUACAGCCAUACCUCAGACCUCUACAGCCAUACCUCAGACCUCUACAGCCAUACCUCAGACCUCUCAGACCUCUACAGCCGUACCUCAGACCUCUACAGCCGUACCUCAGACCUCUACAGCCGUACCUCAGACCUCUACAGCCGUACCUCAGACCUCUACAGCAGUACCUCAGACCUCUACAGCCGUACCUCAGACCUCUACAGCAGUACCUCAGACCUCUACAGGCGUACCUCAGACCUCUACAGCAGGGAGCUGACAUGA